CUUUGAUCGAACAUCCGCAGACGAUUCGAGUAGUCGAGAAAAGAUAUCGAUUCAUAAAUUAAGUCUGAGAUGCAUUACAUACUGCAUCUCCAAUCACUAUUAGAAAAUGCGUGACGUAGCGAUGGAUGCGAAUGGGAAUGGGAAGCGUGAUCUUCCCCGAAUAGUUCUACAGCAACAAAUUAUGAGCACCGAAGAAACAUCUAAAUCUACAGAUUUGGACUUCGUUUAUGACGAUGCGGAUAAGCAUGCCAAUGAAAUUGCUGAAUUGUACAGCUAUUCAGAACAAUCUGAAUUACAUGUUAACCUCACAGCAUUUGAAGAGCAAAUGGAAUUGUACAAAUUGAGACCAUGGUGGCAAAAUUUAUCAGAGGCGCAACAGAAAUCUGUAAUUUACAAAUUAUUAGAUCAGUUAGAAGUUUCUAACAAACAAUUGAGAAUGAAGGCAGCAAGAUGCAUUUUGUAUUUGGCUCAAGGUUGUUGGGCUGAAGUACAAUCUGACGAAGAGCAACGUGAAUGGACCAGAACAAACGUUAUGUUAUUAUAUGAAGCUGGAAUUUUCCCAGCAUUUGUUGAACUUCUUAAUAUUGAAAUUACGAAUAGUAGAAGAGCUGCUUCUGCAAUGAGGAAAAUAUCUGUUAGUCUUGACGAUUCCACUGAUUUAAGAGUCAUUUUGUCUGUUUUAUAUAUUAUAACAGAAGUGAUGAGGGAAGAAAUGAAAAAUUUAGAGCACAGUAUUUAUAAGAAUAAUGUUGAAUCUUUCAAAGAAGAUUUAAUAAAUCCAUAUGGUGAAGAGUUACUUAUAGUUAAACUUCUUGGCAUGGUAACAUACUUUUGCAGUGGAGCAGCCCCACAUUUUCCAAUGAAAAAGGUUCUUUUAUUGCUGUGGAAAUUAAUUUUGGUAUCGUUGGGUGGUAUUGAUACACUAAGAGAAUUAAAAAAACAGUAUCGUGAAGAAGCUGAUCUUGAUACGCAACAAGAAGACACUUUAGAAGUUGCUAGGACUAUGAGAGCUAGCUCUCCUCCCAUCAGUGCAGCAGAUUUGAUUGAAACACAAAAUCAGAAAAAGAAUCACAGAUCUUAUCGACGAUUCCUAAUGAAACAAAGUUCGCUGGAUGAACCAGGCUUAGGAAUGGAAUAUGAAGGUGCAGAAAUGGGAAACAAUACCACAAAUAACGAAGGUGAAGGAGAAGCUAAUGUAUUUAUGAAUCAAGCUGUUUUGACCCAGUUGCGAACUUACUGUCAAAAUGAAAACAAUCAACCUCAAAUAAGACCUGAUACUCCACAACUUACUAAGGGGAAAAGUUUACCAUGGACACCAAAAGUGAGACAAAAGGACGUCGAUACUUUUCUUGAAGUGUCAAGAUUAAAAUUUGUUGGUUACAACUUAGAGGGGGACAGACAAAGUUUGGCAGGUUUACCACAGCCAAUACUCGAAGGUGUUAAUACUCUUAAAAGACAUAUGUAUACGUCUUUAGCCGAAAUCCAAAUCCAAAAAGAGGAACAAAUGCUCAGAAAUCCUAUAAGCACUCCAAGGUUUCCAAUUCGUCAAACACCAACAGAAAUUGUAUAUCAUGCUAUAUUACCAUUUGUACCACAAUAUAUGAUUGCAUUAUUAAAGAUUUUAUUAGCUGCUGCACCCACUAGUAAAGCUAAGACGGAUAGUACCAAUAUUAUGGCUGAUGUUUUACCAGGGCAAAUGCCCAUGACUGUUUUUCAGUCAAUGAAACUUGGUAUUGAUGUAAGCAGGCAUAAAGAAAUUAUUGUUAAAGCAGUAUCUGCUAUAUUACUUCUUCUGUUGAAACAUUUUAAACUAAAUCACAUAUAUCAGUUCGAAUUUAUGUCACAACAUUUAGUAUUUGCUAAUUGCAUACCACUUGUUUUAAAGUUUUUAAAUCAGAAUAUUCUAGCAUAUAUUGAGACCAAAAAUGUUAUUCCUAUAUUGGAUUUUCCUAUGUGUGUUAUUGGAGAACAGACAGAUGUGGCUCUAGAUAAUCUUGAAAUAGGAGAUAAUCUACCAUAUUCGUGGAGAAACGUUUUUUCUUGCAUCAAUUUAUUACGUAUUCUUAACAAACUUACAAAAUGGAAACAUAGUAGAAUUAUGAUGUUAGUCGUAUUUAAAUCGGCACCCAUAUUGAAACGUACAUUAAAAGUCAGACACGCAAUGAUGCAAUUAUAUGUCUUAAAAUUACUAAAAAUGCAAACUAGGUACUUAGGACGACAAUGGCGGAAAACUAACAUGAAAACCAUCAGUGCAAUAUAUGCAAAAGUUAGACAUCGUUUAAAUGAUGAUUGGGCUUAUGGCAAUGAUCUAGAAGCGCGACCUUGGGAUUUCCAAGUUGAUGAGUGUGUAUUACGUUCUUGCGUUGAUCGAUUUAAUAACUUACGAUAUACUAAUAUUCCUAAAGAUAAAGAUAUGGAACCUGUUGAUAACUCUGUUACGUCAGUACUCGGAGUAAAUGUGGAAUUAAGCGAUGAAUUUAAACAACAUUACGAAUUAUGGUUACAACAAGAAGUAUUUCAAAGAAGUAUUAAUUGGGACGAAUUAUUGGAUCCUGAAGCGUGUGAGAUUUAAAUUUUUAAUAAGUGUAAUAUAAUAUAUAUAUAUAUACACA